AUGGCAGUAAAUAACAAACUGACUCGGCCUAUCGAGAGGCUCGCGGCAUAUCUGAAGCGCGGUGUAGGGUCAGAGUUCAAAACUGUGCUGGUGCGGGAUAUGCUUCACCGCCACGGACUUUCCGAGGCUGGCACCCACGACAAGUUCGAGCUGCGCUUCGCCCAGCGCUCUGUAAGAGCCCAUCUUCGAACCGGUGGCAUAUUUGCGCCGUCGCCCAACGCCCCGCCGGGCCUCGCCUUCCUGGACCUCGACGCCGUCGCCAAGCGACGCGACCUAUCCGUGACUUAUCAGAUCCCCCAUCUGACGAGCCGGCCUGUGGCGCGAAUCCUGCAUAAGAAGCUGAACCGCAUACGUCCCAUCGAGGAGAUCUAUGACCCGUACAUUGCGGCCGUGUUGAUUGCUUUGGCGCAGGAGCAGCGGCGUGCCGGGGCGGUUCCAGAUAGCUGCCGUACGCCCCCUACGUCGGGUGGGUUGGACAGUGAUUCAUCUACACAUACCCCCCAGGACUCGUUGGGCCCAAAGCCUUCGCAGCAGUCGUUUGCCGAUACGGUGCCUCUUCACCACUAUCAUCUCACGCUAAAAUCCCCGGCACAAAUUAGCGACAUGAUCAGUACAAUGGCCAAGUCAAUGAGCAGGGUACCAUUCCGGUCAGGCAGCUUCGGACACAUCACAGUCGGCUACCUCGCCAGCGCUUUCGUCUCGCCCGCCACCACCACCUACCUGCAAACCCUGCUACGCAACGACACGGCCGAGUACCUCGCCGGCGUGGCGACCUGGGCCGACUCGAUCCGCUACACCAAAUGGGGCCGCUUCACCUCCGACUUCCACUUCAUCGACGCCAAGGACGACCCGCCGCGGUACUGCGGCGUCGACUUUGCGCGCGACUGCAAAAAGGACCGCGGCUGCGUCGUCUCCGCCCUGCACAACUACACCACGCGCCUGCUCGACGCCGAGGGCGCGCUGCCCGCCUGGCAGCGCGCCCAGGCCGCCAAGUUUGUCGUGCAUUUUGUCGGCGACAUCCACCAGCCGCUGCACACGGAGAAUGUGGAGCGCGGCGGGAAUGGUAUUGAUGUGUUGUUUGAUGGCCGUCGGUACAAUCUGCACCAUGUGUGGGACUCGAGCAUCGCCGAGAAGCUGGUGGGCGGUGUGCGCCGCCGCGGGCCCUACUCCGAGGCGAAGCGCUGGGCGGAGGCGCUCGCCCGCGAGAUUAACGAGGGCAAGUUUGCGUCGGAGCGCAUCAACUGGUUGAGGUCGGCGAAUUUGUCGGAUCCGGUGGCGACGGCGAUGGCCUGGGCUGAGGAGGCGAAUGCUUAUGUCUGCACGACUGUGUUGCCUGAGGGCCCGGAUGCCAUCCGUGGCCAGGAGCUGGGAUCGGACUACUACGAGGCGGCGGCCCCGGUGAUUGAGGUGCAGGUGGCGAGGGCGGGAUACCGCUUGGCUGCAUGGCUGGACCUGAUCGUCACGAGCCUCAAGACCGAGUCAUUAUCAGACGAUCUUUAA